GGAAAAUCAAUAGUUUGGAGCGGCGUCCACGAGUUCAUGCGAAGAUGACUGUGUUGGACGACAUUCGGUUGCUUUUGCGCUCGAUAUGUGACUCACCAUUGCAAAAAUCGCUGGAAGAGCAUAUGGAGUACAUCAGCAUCCUUCAAAUGCAAGCCGCAGCGAUCUUGUCCGUGCUGGACGCGGCGCCUUCCAGCAGUGACAGGUCGGACCUCUUGAGCGACACCAUGAGUCUACUCUCCGUGGAUCCAAGUGCUCCUCAUGAACAUUCGCUGCACACAGACCUGGACGUCGCAGUUUUGCAUGCGUCGCCGUUCCUCCUCCAAUUGCCCGACAAGCGGUAUGUUCCAUUACCUGAACUCAACAUCAAGCAAGAGCAGCAUCGUCUUCACCGCAUUUUCGCCGACUCGAACCGUGCGUUGCGUACGAUCCAUGGCGUGAUGUCGGUCGAUACGUUGCGGAAGGUGCUGGACCGGAAUGCGACCGUUCUUCAUUUCAGUGGCCACGGCGGCGGCGACGGUCAGCAGGACUUUCUCGUGUUUGAAGACUGCAACGCCACUGGUCUGGGCCAUCUCAUUGAUUCCCCGACGUUGCAAUCCAUCCUGUGUAGCGGACUGCCAUCCCCGUCCCUCAAGCUUGUGUUUGUGUCGUCCUGCCAUUCUCGUCAAGUGGGCGAAGUGUUCCUUCGCGCCGGGGUCCAGCACGUGGUCUGCGUCAAGCAGAACGAAAAGAUCCUCGACGAAGUCAGCAUCAUGUUUGCCCAGGCAUUUUACCACGCGAUUCUUCAUGGAAGAACUGUACCCCAAGCGUUUGCGAUUGCCCAAUCCCGCGUUCGAGCCGAAACCAACAGCCAGCUCAAGUUCGAGAGCGGCAAGUUCGUGCUGCUCCAACGAUGCAGUUGUGCUGCCUUGGAACGCCCGAACGACUGCAAAUGCGUGUUUGAACCUCUCUUUUUCGACGUGCCCCAAGGCAAGUUCUUCAAUUUGCAGCUGCACGACGCCCAGAAACGCCAUUUGCUGCCAGCCUUGCCUCCCAUAGUACUCGGUCGAGAAAUGGAACUGCACACGCUGGCCACAUUGCUCCACGCCCCAGGUGGCCUCGUGACCAUCCGUGGAGCUCCUGGCAUUGGGAAAAGCACCGUAGCGCUCAAGCUGGCCCACUUCAUGCAGGAGCGGCAAGUGUUUGAAGACGGCGUCGUGUACUGCAACGUCCGGGGCCUCACAACCGUGGAAUCCCUCGAAGCGUCCAUCCGGUCCACGCUCUUGGUCGAGGACUCCAUGCCUGUUAACGCCCCGCUGCACACGCUGCUGCACCACACGCUGGUGAUCGUAGACCACGUCCAAGACAACCUGUCGUUCCAGCACUUUGUCGUCAAGUUACUGUCGCAGUGCCCCAGACUCAAGCUCGUCGUGACCUCCACUCAAGCGUUCGACAUGACCGACGAAAAGGUCGUGGAGCUGCAUCGCCUGUCGUCGUCCCAAGCCGCGCGUCUCUUCCUAAAGAAGUCUCCUCGGGCAUGCCAUCACCUCGACUUUCCAGAAGUGAUCACACGGCCGUUGGACGUCGAGCUCAUGCACCACCCGCUCCUGGCGUACUUGGACGGCCACCCCCAAGCCAUCGCCCUCUGCGCGUCGCUCCUCCAGGACAAGACGCUGCCGGAACUCACCCACGCCAUCUGCUCCCAAACGGCGUAUCUUCCGCCCCUCAUGACGUCGCUCCAAGUGGCGAUUGGGUCGCUCACUGACCCAGACACGCUGCGGUUCUUUGCGCUGCAGGGGUACCUCCCGGCAGGGGCCCUCGCGUCGGACUUCCGCGCCAUGUUUGGCCGCGACUGGGAGCGCCACGCCAGCGUCCUUUGCCGGUACUCUCUCUUGCAGAAGCAACACCACUUUCCCAUCAAGUGCAAACCAAGGCAAAAGGACAUCCACCACGAAGCCCUGCUUUCGGCCUUGCAACACUAUGGGGAAUUCGUCAGCGGAUCCACCCGCAAGAGUGCGCGGUCGCCGCUCGAGCGCAGCCGCACGUCCAUCGAGGAGGCGCUGCAGAAGACGCUGUCCCACGCCCACCUGCAGAGCCUGUCGCUGCUGUUUUCGACGUUUCCGUUCAUCACGAGCUACGCCCGGCGGUGGGUGCGCCCCCCCGACGCCAUCCGGUGGACAGCGCACUUCGCUAAGUCCAUGCGAUGGACCCACCAGUACAUCGGCACGUUUUCUCCGUUUUCGAACGCCGCGUACUUGAUUUUGGACAUCCACGAAGCGAACGCGUGGAACUGCCUCGAACGAUUCGACCAAGCCAGCUGCGACGUACCCAACAACAACCAACCCACUGAAACGUCAGACCACGAGAGCUCGGACAGUCCGAACCAGGUCACGCCCGACGAAACGUCCGCCGGACAGUCGGGGGAGAAGCCCCCCCUUCGACGAAGGAAGCGGCAGCCCAAGUGGGCGUCGGCCACGGCGUCCCUCGCGUGCUACUUUGCCCACACUUUGUUUCUGGCGGGUCGACACGAAGGCGCGGUUCGAGCUCUAAAGAGUGGGCUCGACAUCGCCAAAGAGCACGGACUCAAGGUCGCCCAAGCCAAUCUGACCAAACUCUGGGCCACCAUCUUGGUCCAGGACAAGAAGUUCGAAGAAGCCAAGGUCCAGUUCGGGUUGGCGCUUCUACUCUACCGGGCCGGGGACAGCAAAGUCGGCCAAGCGUCGACGUUGACUGGCAUUGGCAUGGUGCACUCCCGCCUCGGCAAUCUGAGGGCGGCACACUCGGGCUUUUCCAAGGCCCUCGCGCUGUACGAGUGGAGCAACCACAUCCUCGGACAGUUGAACUGCCACCAACGACUCGGCCACCUCGAGAAAAAACUGAAAAUGGGCGAUGAGCUGGAGCUGACUCAGCAUUACGCCGCCAGUCGUCGGUUGCAGGGCGACUUGAACAACAGAAAGGAGGACGAAUUCGUUCGAUGGGUUGGCCACGAAAUGAGUUUGCUGCUGGAAAUCCCCGCGGACAUGGCAAAGAGGACCCCAAGUAAAGUCAAGAUUGAGGACGACAAGCAAGGCGACGACGAAGAAGUGAGCAGUUUUGCACGGCGGAAGAGCUACGACAGCACCCGCCGACGCCCCAGCGGUGGGACCAAGAUCGUCGUUUAAAUCGACGAGUGAUCAUAACGUUAUGUUUACAGUACGUAUUGUAACGUUAAUAGUGCUUUCG